GCCUUGUUUCGGGCGACGCUGCUAUUCGCCUCCGCCGCGCCCGCGCACCGCUGCGUAGCCUUUAGUUAUAUCCCUACUCUAGCAUUCUAUGGAUAACGGUCAUGCUAACAUUGCUUUCUACCUUGUAGCGUGAAAGCAAAACUUUCCUAGCCCGCCUCUGCGAGCAGGCCGAGCGUUAUGAUGAGAUGGUCACCUACAUGAAGGAGGUUGCUAAGCUUGGUGGAGAGCUCUCUGUUGACGAGCGCAACCUUCUGUCUGUUGCCUACAAGAACGUGGUCGGUACCCGACGUGCCUCUUGGAGAAUCAUCUCGUCGAUCGAGCAGAAGGAAGAGUCCAAGGGUUCUGACAAGCACGUCUCUACUAUCCGCGACUACCGAAACAAGAUCGAGACCGAGCUCGAGAAGGUCUGCCAAGAUGUUUUGGACGUCCUGGACGAGAGCUUGAUCCCCAACGCUGCCACCGGCGAGUCCAAGGUCUUUUAUCACAAGAUGAAGGGUGAUUAUCACCGCUACUUGGCCGAGUUCGCGUCUGGCGAGAAGCGAAAGGUCGCCGCCACUGCCGCCCACGAGGCUUACAAGAGCGCCACCGAUGUCGCACAGACUGAGCUCACCCCGACGCAUCCUAUCCGUCUCGGUCUUGCCCUCAACUUCUCCGUAUUCUACUAUGAGAUCCUUAACUCGCCCGACCGAGCUUGCCAUCUCGCCAAGCAGGCCUUUGACGAUGCCAUCGCCGAGCUUGAUUCGUUGUCUGAGGAAUCUUACCGCGAUAGCACUCUCAUCAUGCAGCUGCUCCGUGACAACCUGACCCUGUGGACCUCAUCAGAGAGCGCAGAGGGCGAGGGUGCCGCCGCCACAGAGGCUGCUAAGGAGGACAAGCCCGCCGAAGAAGCUGAGAAGCCCAAGGAGGACGCCCCCGCUCCUACCGAGUCUUAGACUACCUUGCAUGGAUAACCUCCUUGCCUCAACUGAACAUGCAUAUUCUGUAAUACUUUCUGAAGGGCCAGGGUUCUGUUGAUACCCAAACUGGCAAAAGAUUUGUAACAUCGGUUGGGGAGGACGUUAAAGGUG